AUGUUUUUUCUGCUGCUUGCUCUAGUACAUGAAAUAUCGGGUAAUCAAGAAUUGGUCAGUCUUUUUCCUGACGAUUACGAAGAUUACCAGGAUAAUAGGGCGAUGGGAAGAGACAAUCUACUUGCAAGAACAUCGUAUACAUAUUUGCAGCAAGAUCUUAACCUCUCUACCGAUCACUUUCGCAAAAUCGUUUUCACUGAUUUCUCGGAGUGCAUUGUUAUUAAUGAAGAUGAAGCGAUUAAAUACCGAUACCACUGCAACGAAGGCGUCUUCACUGUGGAAGUAGCUGCAUGCACACAACUGCAAAAUAAAUGGGUCAUCCGAUUCGACGCCUUGGAUCGUUUAGGUGGCUGUAUUAACGUUAUUGAGCAUAACGAGCACAAGAGUAUCGUAACUCAGGUUGGCAAAUGUGGAACAAAAUACCGCAAAGAAAACGGCUGGAUAUUCAUCACGAAUCAGCUGCAUAUUUUUCGAUCGGUUGAUGAUCAAGCGCAGGAUCACAACGGUUACAAUUUGACAUGCGCGUACGAAGAGAUUUUAGAAUUCGAAUACGACCUUAGCGGAGUUAAUGAGGAAGGCUCAUUCAACGAUGUUACUGUCAACUUUUUCGAAUCCUCGAAUUUUCUGAAUCCACUCCCAUCUUUGAACUUCGAAAUAGGCGAGGAAGUAUUCUUCUCCUUCACCUGGAAUGAAAAUAAUAAUCUUCUCAACUACGCAAUCAGUCGAUGUGCCUUGAAAGACAAGAAGCUAAAGAAAAAUUUUCCCUUUCUUGAAGGGGGUUGCGUUAACUCGCUCGUCGGAGCUAAUCGCUACAAUGACUAUCUUCUGUCUACUUCUGAGCAGCAGCGCUUCAGUUUCGUCGCCUUUACGUUCCCCGACAGUGACAACCAACUCACUCUAGCGUGUCAGAUAAAUUACUGCUUGAAAACGGAGGAGACGUGUGGAAUCGGUCCACGAACAUGCAAUACUGGAUAUCUCAUUCCAUGA